AUGACUGAUCAUUCUCGGCGCACCAACCAGCAUAAGCCAUGUCCUCCUGCCAGGGAAAUACAAGAACCGGCUCGGUUUUAUUUCACACUCAACAUGAGUGAUGUCGACAUCGUGCGCCACCUCAAAGACCAUUAUGACCAAGAGGAAUAUGGACUUAGUGUUGUCAGCUUCCGUCGGAUGCGAAAUAGCUGGGGCUGGAAACGGACCAGGCAACAGCAACAUACUCUUGAGUCCAUCGAACAGCAUGUCCGGGAGAUUCGACAACGAUUUCCCCACCGAGGUGCCGAGGCCAUCAGACGAGACCUGCGCCAGCAGUUCAGCUUUCAUGUACCCCGUGAACUGAUUGCCAAGCUUCUCAAGAUCACAGAGCCAACUGCUGUGAAAGCUAGGCGUCGUGGACGUCUCAAACGGAGGCGUUUUUGGUGCGCGGGGGUCAAUGACGUCUGGCCACAAGACCAGCAUGACAAAUGGCUGCGUUUUGGGCUAUGGCUGCAUAUCAGCCUUGAUCCAUUCACCGGGUGGAUUAAUUGGCUGAAAAUUUGGUGGACCAACAAGAAUCCACGCCUCAUUGCUAGAUAUUACCUUGACUGUUGCCGAAAACUCGGAGCUGUACCUUUGAUUACUCAGAGUGAUCCAGGCUCCGAAAACUUCGCUGUUGCCAACGCACAAACAAUGAUUCGACAUCGCCUAGAUCCAGCACUCAAUGGAACCCUUCAGCACCGCUGGAUGCGAAAGCACCAGAACAUCAAGCCCGAAAUCAUGUGGUCUGUGCUUCGCCGGGACUUUGCUCCGGGUUUCGAGAAUAUCCUAGAUGAAGGUGUCACUAGGGGACUAUACGACAUUAACAACACGCUGCAAAAUUACGUGUUCCGCUGGCUUGCAAUUCCAUGGCUGCAGGCUGAGCUCGAUGCAUGGGCUCAUCGUAGAAACCAUAAUGCUCCCCGCAGAGACAAAAACAAGAUUCUUCCGCACGGCAUUCCGGCAAUUAUUCGUUCAAAACCCCACGAAUUCAAUUCACUUGACUUCAAAGUUGCAGUGCCGAGCGCACUCUUCGAUGAGGUCGAAGCAAUUUAUGCUCCCCCCAAUCAUCCUGUUUUUGAUCUCGUGCCACCUUUAUUUGAGCAACGUGCACAAUAUCUCUAUACCUCACUCGGCAAACCACAAGUGUCGUCGGAUUCGUUCUGGAAUGUAUACCAGAUGUUGCUGGCGCAGUUCUUGGCAAUCGAAGGUGAAGAUGACCUAACAGUUUUGCUUUCACAGGGAAUUGUGGAACCUGAAGACGAGGACGACCUCCCUCAAAAUGCGGGCUUAGUAGGACCUGUGGGCUAUCAGUAUAUGGGAGGCAUGGUGAACCCGCCGACGCAAGCGCUUCACGGUGUUCAGGACUGGGGAUCACAAGGGGAGGAUCAGGUUGAUGAAGAUCAACCAGAGGUUGCAGAGUUCACAGAUUCUGAUUCCGAGUCUGACAGCUAA